GGCCAGAAUGAGUCGCAUCAGCGCAAAAGGGACGAUGUGCAUCUCUCUUCGCUCUAACUUGGUAAGGAUGCAUCGGCGAUGUUUCAGAGUCUGGGAAUGUCAGAUGUCGUUCGCUACCCAUGGUUGACGUUUCUCCCUUCGGCGACCUCUGCUGUUUUGGGCGCUGUUCGAAUCUGUACGCCAAAGCUUUCAGUCAUCCUCACUUCCGUGCAGCCCCAUGCAGAUGUUGAUUUUCAUUCUCGACUUCUUGCAGGAGACGGAUUUUCACGGGUUGAUGGCUGCUUUGUCGAAGCAGUAUAAAUGUAGGCCACAAACUCACUGGGGAGCCCAACACCGAUCCUGGUGUUUCUUCCGCCGUAAAUCCCUCUCAAGAUGUUCACUUCUUGGACCCUUCUCUCCCUGGCUGCGUCAGUUCGUCUGACCGCUGGGUUAGCGAUUGGGCCCGUUGGUUCAUUCGUCGUCGCCAACAAGACCAUUGCUCCUGACGGUGUCCCUCGCGCUGCCGUCCUUGCUGGGGGAACAUUCCCUGGUCCCCUCGUCAGGGGACACAUCGGGGACAACUUCCGGCUCACGGUCAUCGAUCAGCAAAAGGACAUUCGGAUGCUCGAACCGACCUCCAUUCAUUGGCAUGGAUUGUUCCAGAAUGGGACCAACUACAUGGACGGGCCGUCGUUCAUCAAUCAGUGUCCGAUCUCGCCCGGGAACUCGUUCACAUAUGAUUUCACUUCCCAACAAUCUGGAACAUUCUGGUAUCACUCACACCUCGCCACUCAGUACUGCGAUGGUCUGCGUGGCGCGAUGGUCAUCUACGAUCCCAAGGACGCAUACCUCCAUGCUUACGACGUCGACGACGAGUCGACAGUGAUCACCUUGGGCGACUGGUACAACGUCUUUGCAGAGACUGUGGUCGGUGUCGCGACCCCGUCAUCUAUGCUCAUCAACGGCCUUGGACGUACCGCUGCCACAGUCUCCAACACGACUCUGGCUGUGAUCACCGUCAAAAAGGGCUUGCGCUACCGCUUCCGUUUGGUCAACCUUGCUUGCGACUCCAACUACGUCUUCCAGAUCGACGGACACAAGAACCUGACCAUCAUCGAAGCGGACGGGAUCCUCCAUCAGCCGUUGAGCGUUGAUUCCAUUCAAAUUUACGCAGCGCAACGUUAUUCGUUCAUCUUGACUGCCAAUCAGCCCAUCGGCAACUACUGGAUUCGUGCGAACCCGAACAACGGCCCCACUGGUUUCGCCGGGGGUAUCAACUCCGCGAUUCUUCGCUAUAUCGGAGCGAACAAUUCUGAACCAACAACUUCGCAAGACACGUCGGUCAAUGGAUUGGUCAAUGAGGUAAACCUGCACCCGCUCGUUGACCCCGGUGCUCCCGGUGGUGCGUUCAUUGGCGGUGCCGACGUACAGCUCAAUCUAGCUUUGGCGUUUGAUUUGACAACCUUCAAAUUUACGAUCAACGGCGUGGCAUUCGUCCCACCUACUGUUCCCGUCCUGCUCCAAAUUCUGUCAGGCGCACAGAACGCCCAGUCGCUGCUGCCAAACGGCUCAGUCUAUACGCUCCCGCACUUUGCGUCGGUUGAGGUCACCUUAGCAGGAGGUGUGGUUGGUGGCGGCCAUCCCUUCCACUUGCACGGACACGCCUUCGAUGUCAUCCGGUCCGCCGGCAGCACCACAUACAACUACGUCAACCCGGCUCGACGAGACGUCGUGAACAUCGGAGGGGCAGGCGACAAUGUUACCAUCCGUUUCUUCACUGACAACCGCGGACCAUGGUUCCUCCACUGCCACAUCGACUGGCAUCUGGAGGCUGGCUUUGCUAUUGUGUUUGCUGAGGAUGUGCCUGACUGGAAGUCGGAGCUGAUCCCCACUGCCGAGUGGAACCAGCUGUGCCCCAUCUACAACGCGCUUCCAGCCUCGAUCACGUCCCUCGCGGCCUAAUUAUUUGAAAUAUGUAAAAUAUGUUUAACAUUAUCUCUUCAUACUUGAAUGAUAUCAGUUGGUUCGGUUAA